CUCUUCUCUAACGUAAAAGAGAAAUAUUUAUACAUAUACUGCUUAACAUAUAUUCGAAUAUAUGUAGACAUUAACUUUGACCUUAUUAAGUAAACAGUAGCACAGAGGGAAGGGAGGAUAUGUAUACGCAGAUAUCCAAUACCUGUGAUUCAGUGAUUUCGUGACUUUGAAUGAUAUUUUAACUAAUAAUAAAUUUUUGAUAUUAACGGCUCAGUGAAACAAACGAGUUUUAAUGAAAUAUAAAAACGUAAUAAGAAUGAAAACGAAACUGUAUUUUAUAUCGAGAGUGUUUCAAAGUUUGCUUGCUAUUGUAUACCAAGAAGGCCGAUCGGAUUAAGAAGCUGUGACGUUCUACUGAACUCUGAACGCGGAGGACGGGAGCGCGGAGAGGGAGGAACAGAGGAGCGAAAGAGUAAGAAAUUACUCGGGGAUAGCGGGGGGAAGUUGGAUUAGAAGGCGCGGCAAUUGUCGGGAAAGUCCGACAAACGGCCGUAUAAGGACGAGCGCGAUGAAUGCCGCGGGCAAAAGCGGGCAGACCAACCCCUACAAUGUUUUUUCCCCUAGGAGCCCGCGGAGAAUUACUGGAUCAUCGAAAACUCUCGAGAUGCCCGAUUUGGAAAGCAUUAUACGAGAGUUCGAGAAGGGUUUCCUCUCCCCGUCCAAGCACGAGGCACGAGCGACGGAAACGGGAAAACAGAGCAACUUCGUGAAGAAGAUCGUGGCGGCGUUCGAGGUGAAAUACAAGGCGUGUAACGAGGAGGGGGCCGCAAGCAGCCCGGACACCAGCUGCGGAGGGGCGGCGAGGUCCUCGGCCUCUGAAAAAUUGCACUCGGCUAUGAACGACGAAUUCGAAGAUCGAUCGGGGAGCGAGGAGGAAGAUGGGGCAGGUACGAAGGAGAAUCGUGAAUCGAGGAGAUCGGCAACGUUCUCGACCGGGUCGAGCAAAGAUCUGAAGAACGAGGCGAGUGAAAAUUCGUCGGAUAUAUAUCUGAGCUCGUUGAAUCUGGAGCGGCGGGGCUCCAAGGACUCGAUCUCGGAUUGCUCGAGCGUGUUUCUCAAAUUCGACGAGGAAGAAUCAUCCCUCGAAGAUCGAAGAAGAUCGAACGCGGCCGUCGAGUCUCUCGACGACACGGUGAUCGUGGAGGGCGAGCUCGACCUCACCCUGCCCAAUCCACAGGCCACUUUCUCCCUAACCGAAUUCCCCGAAACGAGCAACAAAGAAUUUUCGAAAAAGGAGGAGGAGGAGGAGGACGGCAGGCAAGUCUCGCGCAACGACAAGACCCCUAAGAUAGUGGGGGCGUUCUUGAAGAGGCCGAUCGAAGUCGAGGAUACUUCCAUCGAUUGGAUACCUAUCACGGGGAAGAAAUUGCCGAGGAAGAAAUCGUUGAAGAAACUGCUCUAUUCGUUGACAGGUAAGAGGCUCGAGAAGAAACGAAAGUUGUUCUCGUCCGAGAGGAACUUGAACGAGGGGGAGUAUCAAGAUUCCGGAUACGACGAGAGGUCUUGCUCCUCUUCCUCUCUCACUUCUUUGGCCUCCAUCACGGACGUGUUGAGCAAGGCUCAGCGAGAGGACAGUUGGCUGGACAGGAAGAUCACAUUCAAAACGUUCAAAUCGAAGAACUUGGAGGGGAAGGAAGAGGACGAGGGUGGAACGUUCUGCAACUCCUGUCGUUUCCAAGGGGAGGAAAACAAAAAAAGGCUAAUUUUAACCGAGGUGUCCCGCGAGAGCUUGAAACUAGAUCUGGGCCCGUCCUAUCCCCCUCUAAGCCUGAUAACCCAAAUGACGUUGAAACCCAAAACAACGAGUUCCAGCCCGUCCAGCCCGUCCCUCGUGAAAGGGACCCUAACCAAACUGCCCAAGCAUCCGCACCUCUCCAAGAUACGGAAACACCCGUUCGUUUCGUUGACAAAGAUGGACAACAGCCAGGAAUUUUGCAGCUCUUACGUGUAUCGAAGCGGGCAACACUCGUCCUCCGUAAUUAUUAAGAACGACAUGUACGAGGUGGAGAUACGCAGAAACUCCGAGGACAUCGAUCCCUCCGCCAAUUCGUCGCGCCACAGCUCCUCGUCCGCGGCAACCCACUACGACGUGCCGAGAAAAUUCUUGUCCAAGUCCGAGACCGAGAUCUGGGCCAAGUGUCAAUGCUCGAAAAGGGAGGAGCCGAUUUACGACGUCCCAAAGUUGCAAAAUAUCGAGAGAUCCAGAUCGAGCGAUUACGAGGACGUUCUCUCAUCGAAAAGGAGGAACGCUGUCGCGGAGGACGCGCAUUAUGCGAUUGUCGACAAUGCUAAGAGUUGUCCGAACGAUGAGACGCGAUGCGACAUGCGUUUAAAGGAGAAUUCCGUGUAA